UGUGCCCCUAUCUCAGCAGUGUGUGUGUGAGAGUAUGUGAGUGUGUGAGGGCUCCAUCACUCUGGGCUGAAUCGUUGUUGUUUUUUUUUUGUUUUUUUGUUGUUGUGGUUUGGUUUACGGCUUGUGUAGUUUCUUUUUAAUCAAGCGCUCUUUGAUCUCUCCGCCGGACGCGCGCGCAGCUCCUGAACAAAACAGACACGCGGAACGGAGAGACGGACGGACACGGAAAGAGCUCGAAUGAAUGAAAUGACGGAACGAGUGUGAAAGGAUGUGAGACGGAUGAAAAGAGGAGCACGCGCUGCCGAACGAAAGCCGUGAUAAUCCGCGUGCGGGAAGCGGAGCGCGAGCUUUUUUAUCUUCAGUGACAAAAACUGAAUCAGAGCUUCAGCACCGCGAACAGCGACCAACGCAGACACACACACACACACACACACACACACAGACCAUGAUGAUCGAUCACAGCCUCUCUCAACACUAAUCGAUCUGACCGGUGCAGAUCAAUUUGACGUGCGCGUCUUAUUUUAACCUGGCCUAAAGCCCCCUCCCCAGAGGCAUUAUGGGUACUGUCCUGUCUGUCUCCCCAAGUUACCGUAAAGCCGGAUUGUUUGAUGAAAUCCCGCCAAUGGUGGGACACUACACGGCAGUCCAGAACAGCAAAAAUGCCAAAGACAAGAACCUGAAGCGGCAGUCUCUGAUCAGUGUGUUGCCGUGGAAGCGGAUUGUGGCUGUUUCAGCAAAGAGAAAAGGUUCUAAGAAACUAUCAUCAGGCGACAGUCAGGAUGAGGCCGGCGUGGGGACUUUGAACACAGAAAAUCUGAAAAAGUCCCAGUCCUGCGCCAACCUGUCCAGUUUCACCCAGGAAACGGCAGCAAGCUCCAUUCCAGCAUCAAAAACCACCACCAGCGUGGUCACCGCUGCCAAGAGGACGUCCAUUAGCAGCUGCACAGGGCAGGCUAACGCUAACGCAGGCACACCAAAGCGUGUGAUUGUGCAGGCAUCCACCAGCGAGCUGCUGCGGAGCCUGGGCGAGUUCCUGUGCCGCCGCUGUUUCCGGCUAAAAAGGCUGACACCUGCUGACCCGGUGCUGUGGCUGCGGAGCGUGGACCGGUCACUCCUACUGCAGGGCUGGCAGGAUCAGGGCUUCAUCACCCCAGCCAACGUUGUCUUCCUCUACAUGCUGUGUCGGGAUGUGAUCUCAGCAGAAGUCUCAAGCGAGCGCGAGUUGCAGGCCGUCCUGCUCACCUGCCUUUACCUGAGCUACUCCUACAUGGGCAAUGAGAUCUCAUACCCACUGAAGCCGUUCCUGGUGGAGGCAGAGAAGGAGGCGUUCUGGGACCGCUGCCUCGACAUCAUCGAGCGUAUGAGUGCUAAAAUGCUGCAGCUCAACUCCGACCCACACUACUUCACUCAGGUGUUUGCCGACCUGAAGAACGAGAGUCAGAAGGAGGAGCAGAGUCCGCUGUUGAUAGGCCUUGACCGGUGAAGGACACAGCAGUUUAUUUACUUUGCUAAAAAAAAAAUCAACCCCCCCCACCACCACCACCAACCCGGCCCCGCCCCCGCCAUCCCAAAUGUAGUCACCUUGGUGACUGAAGUUUGCUUCUUUAGCUUUAGCUCUGAGGUUAUUACAGCUCACAAAGAAUAGAAGCUUACACCCCACCAAUUAGCAUGAUGCUUAAUGCAUAUCUAAAUCAUCACACACUCACCACAUAUGUGUUAGUGAAAUUCACGUCAUGUUCACCAGCUUCUUAUUAAAAUUUAAUAUUAUUAUUUAGAAUGAGAAGCUGUUGAACAGGAAAUGGUGCUGAUCAGUGUUUAAGAGGAGCUGAGUAGCUUGGAAAUGAUCAUUUUAUCCCAGUUAUGCUGGUCUACACUGUUUGUUUUUUCUAGCAGAGAGCUCACAUUUUAAAUGCUUAACACACCACAGAAUACAUAUGAAGGUUUAUUAGACAGAAUUGGAUGUGAAGUCAGAUCAACUACAAAUACUGGCACACAUGUUUUUAAAUGAUAAGGAUUAUUAAUUAAUAUCACAAUAUGGUUAGCAUUUAGCAUAAUUCUGUUGGAAGUCUUGACUGCAAUUCAGGAAGUAAUAAGAUGGAGAAAGACUAGCAUUAGCAUAGAUAACAACAGUAGCAGUGACUCUGAAGCCUGCAUUUUAUUAUUAGUGCAUUGAAUUAAACCCAGGCAAUGAAGCUUAAAUGAUUUUUGCUGAAAAUGUACACAAACAAAAGCAGCACAUCUAAAGCCUUUAAGAUGAAAGCUGAAAUAAGUCUGUACUGCGUCUGUUAGCCUUAAAGAAGCAAACUGCAGACACCUGUUUUGACUGACAGAGUAUAUUUGGGGAAAACUGGGGGUAUAUUUCUUUGGCUGAACUAUCGCUUUAAAAGCGUGAACUUUCAAAAGUGGAACCGAACUCUGAGCCUAGGAACAAGAACUCAAGACAGCAUGUCGUACACCUUCUUUUCGGUGUGAAAUAGUCACUUCGACUGAGCUCCUGACCACAGUAACGUCCACUCUGAGUUCAGUUCAAUGUUACCACAGAAACAAACACAUUUUCAAUGUUUUGGCGAUGCAGACCCCCAAAAAGAGCCCUGUUAAAGUAUAAACGCUGCUAAAAAAAAGAGAGAGAGAGAGAAAGAGAAAAAAUGACUGAAAUAAGUUUAAAUUUCCCAGAGUGCGUUUCAUAAACUGAAGGACUUUUAUUC